CACCACAACAAACAUGGCGGCGGACUGAGGACGGAGGCGGACAUUCCGUGACGCGGUUUUAAUUAAGUGUCCAGAUUUUUUUUGUAUUUAUUUAUAUGAAACAAACGUUAUAAGUGGUUCGGUCCGGUUCUCCGCGUAUCAGGAUGGAGCCCGGCCCGUUUCCAGCGGAGGUUCCGGACAGGGAAGUGCGUGUGGUCGGUUCGGAGCUGGUGGAGAACUACACGGUCUACAUCAUCGAUGUAACAGACGGUCUGCACAGGUGGACGGUGAAGCACCGCUACAGCGACUUCUACGACCUCCACGAGAAGCUGACGGCGGAGAAGAAGGUGGACCGCCGUCUGCUUCCUCCUAAGAAGAUUUUGGGGAAGAACUCGAAGAGCCUGGUGGAGCGGCGGCAGAAGGAGCUGGAGCUCUACCUGCAAACGCUGCUUCAGCAGUUUCCAGAGGCCACGCCCACUCCGCUCGCCUGCUUCCUGCACUUUCACCUCUAUGAGAUCAAUGGCAUCACAGCAGCACUGGCCGAGGAGCUCUUCCACAAAGGUGAGCAGCUGCUGCAGGCAGGAGAAGUCUUUUCUCUCCGUCCCCUGCAGCUUCACGCCGUCUCCCAGCAGCUCCGACUGGCCAAACCCACCUGCUGCACCGGAGACGCCAAAACCGACCUGGGACACAUCCUGGACUUCACCUGCAGGCUGCGCUACCUGAAGAUUUCAGGGACCAGAGGUCCGGUGGGGACCAGUAGCAUCCAGGAGAACGAGCUCUCCUUCGACCUGUCUGUCUUCAAAUCGCUGCUCCAGAUUGAGAUCAGCGACUGCAGCUCCCAGCAGGUGCGAGGUUUGCCGUCGCUGAGGUCCAGCCUGGUCACGCUGAGCAUCCACCGCUCCACAGAGUCCAUGCUGGCCAUCCUCGUCCCAGAGGCCAGCGAGUUCUCGCAGUGGGAGCCCGAGGGGGCGGAGUCCGGGUGUCCCGUCACCGCCGUCGUUCCCGUGUGGAGACACCUGACCACGCUGGACAUGAGCCACAACUGCAUCGCCGCCAUCGACGGCUCGGUGAGGCUGAUCCCCAAGGUGGAGUUCCUGGACCUGAGCUACAACCAGCUGUCGUCUGUGGAGAACCUGCAGCACCUCUACAACCUGGUCCACCUGGACCUGUCCUAUAACAGCCUCCGGACGCUGGAGGCGGCUCACACCCGUCUGGGGAACAUCAAGACUCUGAGCCUGGCUGGAAACCAGCUGGAGAACCUGACCGGCCUCUCCAAGCUCUACUCUCUGGUCAACCUGGACCUCAGCCACAACCAGCUGGCCCAGCUGGAGGAAAUCAGGAACAUCGGCGCUCUUCCCUGUUUGGAGAAGCUCAACCUUUCCAGUAACCCCAUCUGCAUCGUUCCCGACUACAGAACCAAAGUCCUGGCCCAGUUUGGAGACCGUGCAGCAGAGGUCUGCCUGGACUGCAAAGCGACAACGGAGAAGGAGCUGGACACGGUGGAGGUGCUGAAAGCCAUUCAGAAAGCCAAAGAGGCCAAAGACCGCAUGAGCCACAGCGACAGAAAGAUCGGUGAGGACUCCAGACCUCCUGCUGCUCCUCCUGCCUCCUCCUCCUCCUCUUUGCCCUGUCUGGCCCAGCAGGCUGCCUGCCCCAGCCAAGAAGUGACCAGCAGAGAAGAAGCCCCCGAACCCCCGACUGUUCUCCCCCCUGUGGACGCUGCACCCCCCCCUGAGAGCUUUAACACCAACGCACACCUCCCGUCUGCCGAACCUGCUCAGGUAAAACAUUCUGUACCCAAUCUUUCUGAACCUUCGCCAUGUGAAGCCCAGACGUCUAACACAGCUUCUUCUUCUGCAGACACCUGCUGCAGCUGCUCCUCUUCCUCCUCCAGCCGCCCUGAAGUCCGCUGCUCCUCCUGCAGCGCCACCUGCUGUCCUCUACUUCCAUCUCCUCUUUUCUCCCUGUCCUCCUCCAACAAAGACUUCAUUACCCAGCUCUCCCGGUGGCUCAGCUCUGCCCUGGAGGAGCAGAAGCCAAAGAGGAGAGAGGAAGAGGAGGAGGAGGAGGAGCAGAGGUCCGAGCCCAGAGACGUUCCGGCUCCUGUGGAGGGAACUGAUGUCAGCAGUCACAGUCCGAGCUCCAGGGACGGCUACUUUGAGAUGGGCCUGGAUGACUCUGGGGAGGAGGUGGUGGGCUCCUCCCCCUCCUCGCUGCCGGGCUCCUCCCCCUCCUCGCUGCCGGCUCCUGCGGUGGAGGGGGGGGAGCCUGGCGAGGAGAAGGCGGAGGUCCGGGUCCGCAGAGUUCUGUGGUGCUGCUGUGUUCUGGUCGGUGGAGAGGUGAAGCAGAGGGAGGCGUGUCUGGUGCUGACUGACCGGCUGCUGGUGCUGCUCUGGUGGUCACCUGACUGCCUGUCAGCCAAUCAGGAAAGAGGCCCGGAGCAGAGCCCAGCCGUGGAGGAGGUUCUGUCGGGCCUUCAGGUGGACCUCCUGACUCCGUACUCCCAGGUUCUGCUGACCCGGCAGGCCGAGCUUCCUGCUUCCUGUCUCUCCUUCGGCACCAAAGCCUCUCAGACCCGCUGGUUCCUCUUCGCUGAGGCCGACCAGCUCCGGCAGACCAGAACCGAGCUGAGCGGCCUGCUCCAGGACCCUCAGAGUCCGCCGGAGCCCCACGGAGCUCCUCAGCUGCUGCCUCCCUCGCUCCUCAACUCCUGGGAGGUGGAGGAGAGUCAGGGAGCCCAGGGAGGGUUUCCUGCCCACGUCCUCUGCUCCUCCUCCUCCUCGGCUCCGUCGGGCGCCCCCCCGCUCCUCGCCGAUGUCGGGUCAGAGGAGCCGGGCCUCCUGUCGCUCCUCUUCCUCACACGCAGACACCUGUGGGUGCUGCGGAUGGACUUCAGGGAGCUGCUGAGCGAACAGAGCCCCGCCGUCCCUCAGGCCUCCUGGUGCAGGCUGCUCCGUCUGCCCCUCGCCUCGCUGCUCCCUCUCUCUCCGCCCGGACACGGAGCCGACCUCGCCUCCUGCUCCGACCUCGCCUCCUGCUCCGACCUCGCCUCCUGCUCCGACCCGCACCACCGCCUCAGGAGUCGGCAUUCGGUGGACCUGCUGGCUGCUGGGCAGAAGCUGCUGCUGCUCUUCCCUCUGGCCCAGGACAGGAGCUCCUUCCUGGGGGAGCUGAGGCGAAGGAGAGCCUCUCUGGAGGGGCUGAAGAUGGUGGCGCUGCCCCGACCCUGCAGGCCCUGCCCGGCCCGACCUGGACCAGGCUGCUGCAGGUCCAGAGAUCCACGCCACCAUCGCCAUCGCUGCUGCUGCUGCUGCUGCAGCGACAGGAAGCCGCAGCGUUCCAGCAGUCUCUGGAGCUGCGACCCGAUGAAGCUGCAGGCCGAGGAGAACCAGCCGUCCCCCCACCUGCUGCCGGGUCUGUCCCCCGGACUGAAGCUGCUGGCCGGACUCGGAGGACAGCAGCUGCUGACCUACUUCAGCAGACAUGUGGCUCUGAACCAGUCUGAGGCGGAGGACCUGAGGCACGUCCUCUGGCUCUCCGUGGUUCUCUACACGGCUCCUGAAAGCGAGCUCACCUGCUGCCUGCUGCUCUCCACGGACUCCAUCUACUUCCUGCUGGAGGACGCCGCCUCGGCGCCGGCUCCAGUGAUGGACGCGUCCACCUCUGUGGACCCAGAGACGAGUCUGUGCUGCUGCCUGAGCAUCAGGCUGUCUGAGCUGCAGGCCGUCAACGUGGGGCUGUUCGACCAGUACUUCAGGGUAGUAGGACGCUCGGCCGAGCAGGUGGUGUGCUGCCUCAGCAGGGACAGCUACGGCACCGGCGUCUUCCUGCAGGAGCUGAUGUCGGCCCUCAGCCUGCAGCAGCAGCAGCUUCCCGCCCCGGAGCCGUCGGACCAGGACUUCUACUCCCAGUUCACCGGCACCGGCACCGGUAAGAUGCAGAACUACGAGCUGAUCCACAGCAGCAAGGUGAAGUUCAUUUAUCCCAGCGAGGAGGAGAUGGGAGACCUGACCUUCAUCGUGGCAGAGAGGAAGACCUCGGCCAGCACAGCAUCCUCAUCCUCCAGCUGCUGCAGCAUCCUGCUCUACCUGCUGGUGUUUCAGGUGCAGAUCCCGGGUCAGUGUCCCGCCUCCAGUCCGGCCGCCGACCCGUCUCCGGUCCUGCAGCCCCGGACUCUGAUCCUCACCGGCACCGACGUCUUCCUGCUGGACGAGGACUACGUCAGCUACCCUCUGCCGGACUUCGCAAAGGAGCCUCCGUCCAGAGAGCGCUACCAGCUCUGCGAGGCCCGGAGGAUCCGGGAUCUGGACCGGGUCCUGCUGGGCUACCAGACCUACCCGCAGGCCCUGACGCUGGUCUUCGAUGACCUGCCGGGCCCCGACCUGCUCUGCCACCUCACCAUGGACCACUUCGCCGCCGCCGCCGCCGGGGAGGAGGCCCCGCCCAGAGGGGGCGUGGCCAGCCGAGGCGCCGAAGGCGAGGUGCAGUGGUGCGUCUUCGUCCCGGGCGCCGACAGCAGGGAGCGGCUGAUCUCGCUCCUCGCCCGCCAGUGGGAGGCGCUGUGCAGCCGCGAGCUUCCCGUCGAGCUCACCGGCUGAUUGGACGACGGGGAGGGAACCGGCGUCUGGAUCCUGACGGCACCGAGCCGCCCGCAGGCGACCCGGCUCGUAGUUUUAGGCGUUUUUAGGCCUUAAACUAAAUACCUGCUGCUGGAAAGCAUGGAGGGUUGAGAGCUGCAGGUUUUUAAGAACAGCAAAAGAAACAGUUACCGGCGCUGCACUGCAGGGGGCGCUGCAGCGCGUCCACAGGAGUUCAGCCAUGAAUAUUUAGGUUGGUGUGACUUUGAAGAGCUUCGCUCAGCACAAAUACCGGGUUAGGGGCGAGCUGCUUGGUCCACAGACCUGCUUCAGACCAAAAGCUGCUUUCAUGUUACAGAGUUCUGCUGCAGACGGCCCGGUUCUGCUGCAGGCGGCCCGGUUCUGCUGCAGGCGGCCCGGUUCUGCUGCAGACAGCCCGGUUCUGCUGCAGACGGCGUCUCUAGAAGUAUAUCAGCACACGGACUCACACGAGUUGCUUGGCACAAUCUACAUUUUAAGUCUUGCACAUUCUAACAGACUGAGCAGUAUUAACUUCUGAAGCUUUUUAUUGAUUAACUUAUCCGGGUCGUUGCUUUAUGACGGACACGAUGUUUUCCACCCUUAAACUCAACUUUGUGGGGAAAAAUGAGGUUUUCUGACAUUUCCAGCAUGAACUCCUAAAUACUACAGCUGCUGUUGUCACAGUGUUAUUUUUUAUAUCUAUUAACGCACAUUAUGAGCGUUUUCCACGUUGUUGUUCCCCCGGCUGACAGGAGAACGCCUCCGCAUUAAAGAGAAACUGAAACCGUC